AUGGUUUCGGUGCGACGUGCGACGCCCGCUGACCUCUUGGCCAUGCAAUACUGUAACUUGCAAUGUCUCCCAGAGAACUACCAAAUCAAGUACUACAUGUACCACCUGCUGUCGUGGCCGCAUUUACUCUACGUCGCAGAGGACCUAGACGGGAGCAUUGUUGGGUAUGUUCUUGCCAAAAUGGAGGAAAGCCCCGGAUCCACGGACGCGGGCUCCAGUUCAAACACAGCAGCGACCUCUGGGGCUGUUAAACCGGUGCGUCAUGGUCACAUCACUUCGCUGGCGGUGCAACGGUCUCAUCGAAAACUCGGUAUCGCGAAACGAUUGAUGUGUAUCGCACAUCAGGCAAUGCGUGAGGAGUACAAUGCUGCCUAUGUAUCGUUACAUGUUCGGUUGAGCAACGUAGCUGCGCAGCACUUGUACCGAGACUCGUUAGGCUAUCAAAUCCAUACCACUGAGGUUCGUUACUAUGCGGAUGGUGAGGAUGCGUACGAUAUGCGGUUGUGGUUCUGUUCUGACUCGAUCCCGAAAGCAUGA